GGGAAAGCAGAGAAGGCGCGAGCGGGCGAGGCAGCGGGCGCGCGGCGAGACGCGUCGUCGUCGGCUGAGGUGUCGUCCUGAGGUCAUUGGAUUAUCACUUGAUAGUGAAAAAUGGGGGAGAUAGAAGGCACGUACAGAGUACUGCAGACUCCGGGUUCUCGUUUAGGAGUGCAGAAAAAUUCUGGAGUUAGUACUCUGGAACCAGGACUGAACCUCUCCUCUGCCAUUGCAUCAACGCCCACUAAAACACAUGAGAGGUCUUUACAGAUCAAGAUAAAGCUUUUGGACAACACUGUGGAGGUGCUUGAUAUUGAGUCAAAAUGUUAUGGCCAGAAACUGCUGACAGAAGUAUUUAACUGUUUGAAUUUGGUUGAAUCUGACUACUUCGGAAUUGAGUUCCAGAACAUGCAGUCAUAUUGGAUUUGGCUUGAGCCUAUGAAACCUACAAUUAAACAAAUACGAAGACCAAAGAAUACAAUGCUUCGUCUAGCUGUAAAGUUCUUUCCUCCUGAUCCUGGCCAAUUGCAAGAGGAGUAUACCAGGUAUCUGUUUGCAUUGCAGAUCAAGAGAGACCUAGCAGAGGAACGACUUACCUGCAAUGACAACACAGCCGCACUCCUCAUAUCUCACCUUCUGCAGUCGGAAAUAGGAGAUUUUGAUGAAUCAGGGGACCAAGAGCACCUUAAAAACAACCGAUAUUUCCCACAUCAGGAAAGGCUGCAAGGAAAAAUACUUGAAUUUCACAGGAAGCACAUGGGCCAAACACCUGCUGAAUCAGAUUUCCAGGUACUUGAAAUAGCUCGGAAAUUGGAGAUGUAUGGCAUGAGAUUUCAUCUGGCAUCUGACCGUGAGGGGACAAAAAUUAACUUAGCUGUUUCACACAUGGGUGUACUGGUAUUCCAGGGUAAUACAAAAAUCAAUACUUUCAACUGGUCCAAAGUCCGAAAAAUAAGCUUCAAGAGAAAACGGUUCCUUAUCAAACUUCACCCAGAGGUUCAUGGUCCAUACCAGGAUACUCUGGAGUUUCUUUUGGGCAGUAGAGAUGAGUGCAAGAAUUUCUGGAAAAUAUGUGUUGAAUAUCACACUUUCUUCAGGCUAUUUGACCAGCCAAAACCAAAGUCAAAAGCAGUCUUCUUCAGCAGAGGUUCAUCUUUCAGAUACAGUGGGCGUACACAGAAACAAUUGGUGGAUUAUGUUAAAGAGAGUGGGUUGAAAAAAAUUCCAUAUGAAAGGAGGCAUAGCAAAACUAGAAUGUCUGCUCACAAUUUGAAUGUUGAUCCACCCAAACAGAGUGUCUCAUUUACAGAAGGGUUACAACCCCCUGGGCCUAAUGCAUGUACAUAUGCCUCCUUCCAUUCGGAUAAUGUAUUAUCUACAAAUGUUGCCAGCUUGCCCACUUUCACAGAGAGAGAUCCAUUCUUUUUGGAGCCCAGAAUAUCACAUACAAGGAGCUUGUCAGCAGAAGGAAAUAGUGGGAUAUCGGAAGAAACAGGCAAGAAAGUGGUACAGCAGCCUGGAUCACCAAUGCUCCAGUCAUUCCAAGGUCCUCAGCUGUCUUCCUUUAAAAUGAAGAGUCCAGUGACCUUGAACCCCCCAUUCCAUGCAAAUAUGAAUGCUCCUGGCCAAGGCUCAUCUCCCCUUUUGAGUCCUGUUCUGAGUGACGUUGGUGGCGCCAGGGUAGAAGAAGAGGAUGAAGUAAGACGUAAGAGAUACCCAGCAGAUAAAGCGUAUUUCAUUGCAAAAGAAAUUCUCGCUACUGAACGAACUUAUUUAAAAGACCUAGAAGUCCUGACUGUAUGGUUCCGCAGUGCAGUUGUCAAGGAGAAUGCCAUGCCUGAAGGUCUUAUGACCUUGUUCUUCUCUAACAUAGACCCUAUCUAUGAGUUCCACAGAGGAUUUCUGAAAGAGCUUGAGCAGCGGCUAGCACUCUGGGAGGGACGUUCCAAUCCUUCCACGAAAGGAGAUUAUCAACGGAUUGGUGAUGUCCUGCUGAGAAAUAUGCAUACUUUAAAGGAAUUUACCAGCUACCUGCAAAAACAUGAUGAAGUCUUGACAGAACUAGAGAAAGCAACUAAGCGCAUUAAGAAACUGGAAAUGGUUUAUAAGGAGUUUGAACUCCAGAAGGUUUGUUAUUUGCCACUCAACACCUUCCUGCUCAAACCCAUCCAGAGAUUAAUGCACUACAAACUGAUCCUGGGAAGACUUUGCAAACACUACGUACCAGAUCAUCGAGACUACACCGACUGCAGGAAUGCACUGAAGGAAAUCACAGAAAUGACAUCACAGCUUCAAAACAGCCUGAUACGUUUGGAAAAUUUCCAGAAGCUCACAGAGUUACAGCACGACCUGCUUGGCAUUGAUAACCUGGUAGCAGCUGGCAGAGAAUUUAUCCGGGAAGGCUGCUUAUACAAGCUGACCAAAAAGGGCUUGCAGCAAAGGAUGUUCUUUCUGUUUUCAGAUAUGUUGCUCUACACAAGCAAAGGAGUCACGGGUACCAACCAGUUCAAAAUUCACGGUCAUCUCCCUCUACAUGGAAUGCUGGUGGAAGAAAGUGAAAAUGAGUGGUCUGUCCCUCAUUGCUUCACAAUCUAUUCAGCUCAAAAAACCAUAGUAGUGGCAGCAAGCACUCGUCUGGAAAUGGGGAAGUGGAUGGAAGAUCUAAACAUGGCAAUUGAAAUGGCUAAGAAAAUCACUGAGAAAUCUGACAUGUUUCUAGAAAAUUCCCUAUGCAAUCGUUCAAAUAGAUCCUCAGAUGAGGUUUCUCUAGAACAGGAGUCCGAAGAGGACAUACAUUCUUCUCGUAGCUCCCUGGACAGGCAGAGCCACCACCGUGCCAACACUACCAUGCAUGUCUGCUGGUACCGCAACACCAGUGUCUCCAUGACUGAUCACAGUGUGGCCGUCGAGAACCAGUUAUCAGGGUACCUCCUGAGGAAAUUCAAGAACAGUAAUGGUUGGCAGAAGCUAUGGGUUGUUUUUACUAACUUCUGUCUGUUCUUCUACAAAACACACCAGGAUGAUUAUCCAUUGGCCAGUUUACCACUCCUUGGUUACGCAGUCAGCAUCCCCAUGGAGGCAGAUGACAUUCAGAAGGAUUAUGUCUUCAAACUGCAGUUUAAGUCUCAUGUAUAUUUUUUCAGGGCUGAGAGCAAGUACACUUUUGAGAGGUGGAUGGAAGUGAUAAAGAGAGCUACAAGUUCCCCUGGGAGAUCCAGCCUCCUCAUCCCAAAAGAUGAAAAGGACAAGAUGACAAACUGAAACAAGCAGAGCUGGGUCUCUGUUGUAAGUUAAUUGUUUGCAACGUGGGGAAAAGGGAACAGGAGGAUGAGUUUGAUAAUAGUAAAAAGAAAAACCAUCUGCUGGGGCUGAGUUACCUGCUUCAUGGAAGAUGUUGGAUUUUGCUGCAGUAUGAAAAGAGGUCUCUCAUCCAAACGGACUGCAAAGCCUCUGAAGAACUUAGUUCAUGGAAAAAUAGUGGCUGCUGGAUUUAUAUAUGGCACACAGCAUUUUUUAAAAACUACAGGAAUAGCAGCUGUUGGUGGUGUUUGGCUGACCUUGUCUUCUGGCUUUCAAGUGGUUUCUUAAAGCUUGUUAAUGCUCAGUCUGGCUAAAUAACCUUUAUGUGAUGUAUUCUUUCAGCCUACCAACCGCACAUGCUACAAUCUAUGUUCACCUUAAUAUUAAGAUGGAUUUUCUACAUGUUGUACAACAGAGUGCUUCAGAAAAUUGCCAGAUAGCAACUGUGUCCUUCUUACUUUCCCAAAGUUGACACGGUAGUUUUUUGUUUGCAAGGAGACAGGGAGGCAUGGGAGAAAAGGUUUCCACAGGUUGAUAGUCCAAUAGACUAGUCUGAUCAAUGCAAAGCCGAGAAUGUUUUAGUAUGUCUGCACUAUUGCCCCUAUUGCAGUUAAUAUUCUGAGUUCUCUCUGUCCUAUCCUGAUGUUGCUCUCCACAGGUUUCCUGUACAUGUAUGCUUCUCCUGAGCUUUUGAGCAGCACUUGCUCUGGCCAAUCUUUGUUUUUUAAAAUUAUCAAUAUGCACAGACAACUUUAUGAGUAAGGAAAAGCACUUUCAGAUAUAACCAGACCCUGUUCUUCCCACCACUAGCAAAAGUAAAUGUUUUGCUGCAUGAUUGUACAAUCAACUUACUUUACAAAACAACCUUGAAGCAGCAAUUAAAGGCAGAGUUUUGGGAUGAUUAGCUUGUGGAAGGGUCAGUACCUCAUUAAUUAUACUUUGACAUAAAGGAACCAAGAAGUGGAAGACUAAACAGUGACAGGACAAGCCUGGGGUAUAGUCAGGGACAGUGUAAGAAUUGAUGCAGACAUAUCUUUAAAAGCACAUUAGCAGUAAUUUAGUUGGCUUAUCUAAUUCAAGUACUAUUGAACUGCAAGAUAGGGAUAACAGAAAUCCCACUCACAAUAGUCUGCCCUUAGUGCCAUUGUCCUAAGUCAUGGAGGCAGAGCCUAUUCAGUGGGGUGCAGGGGGUUUAAUGGACUUGAGAAACCUGCCCUGGCUAUAAAGUUUUAUGCUUCUUCUGUGGCCCAGAUCAACAUCGUUUGUUAUGUUGCCCUUAGAGAGAGAGGUGGAAAGUAGUUUGCUGGUUUGAAGAUGGAUGAUGUUAAUCAAAGUUUAUUUAUCAUGUUAUAAAAUAUUAAGCAACAGUGUGGUGUUGGGUAGCGUGCUUUAAAGGAAACAGUCUGACGUGAAAACACUAUAUAUCAAACAAUGUGUUUUGCAGUAUGGGGUAUGGAAGGAGGCAAGAUUCAGGUACAGUCCCCUCUUCAUUACUCUCAGAAUUGACUCAAAAGUUACAUAGGGCUAGAGCAAUCUUCUAGGUAGAAGGGGGUUGGGGUUGGAUUCCUACGUAGAGGGCGAAGGGAAGAUUUCAUGUUUUCCGUUUGACAUCUUCAUUGAUAAGCUGCAAAGUGCUAAAGAUUUCUUCUCUACUAUAAUGGCCAUUCAAUAUAAGUUAACUGUGUUUUUUAUUUAUUAGUGUCUGUUUUUGGAAAUAAA